CAUAUUUUUUUAAUGAUUUUUUUCAGAUGUCCUGGAAUUUCGGCCGCUUUGGUCGGAAUUUCCGGCGGCUAUGGAAGAUUUUUGCGUUCAGCCAGUUGAUAAGCCCAGUAGUGGCCUGCAUUGCAAUUCUCACAGCUUCGGCUUUAGGCUUAGAUACAGAUGAUAUUCAGAAUAAAUUUGGAGAAAGUGAUGAACAUAUAGACAAUACAGUAGAUAAUACAUUAGAAAAACUUGAACUUAUCCAUAGUCUGGUAGAUACUGGAGGCAGUAAAGAUACAUGCUGUACACUUCCAACCUUCCGGUCCUGUCCAUCCAUCCAUAUACCGCGCAGUCAGCGCUGCGAGCAGGACACUAGGGGACAGACCUGCUCUGAUCUUCAACUGGAUUGCAUCAGAUGUAAUUGUGAUUAUUCUUGUCAAUAUGGGAAACCAAGUUGGGCCAACUGUACUGUACUGGAAGAGACGGAUUGUACAGGAGAUAGAAACUUUCUUCGUGAGUUUACAUGUUCAUAUUGUUACCUAGGAGAAAAUCCGUCCUGUAGCACAAACCUUGCAACUUCAUGUAGGAGCUCAUCCCCUGAUACCAGCAGGAGUCACUGGUAUGUAGCAAACUGUCGAGCUAAUAAAAAUACACUUUGCCUUGGCUCUCCAAGGUUUAGCAAACGACUAGAGUGCAACUGGACAGAAGGAUACAGAUGGAAGACAGCGCUGGUUUUAUCUAUUACUCUAGGAGGGUUCGGAGCUGAUAGGUUCUACUUGGGUCACUGGCAAGAGGGUAUUGGUAAACUCUUUAGUUUCGGAGGAUUGGGAGUGUGGACACUGGUUGAUGUAGUUCUUGUUGCAGUAGGAUAUAUUGGACCUGCAGACGGAUCCCUUUACAUAUAAACAGUAUUAGAUAUAUAAAUUAAGUUAAAUUUUCUCACAAGAUUUUCCCUUUUCCUUUCUAAACAGAAAACAUCCAACAGAAAGAAUCAGGAUAUAAUUCUUAUCACAACCGUCAAUAAUUAGUUGUGUAAGAAAAGCUUAUAAAUCGUGUCGCCGAUUUUUACUUCACAGUUUAUUCAGAAAUUUGAUUAUUCUAAGUCCAUAGUCAAGUCAAGUCUGUCAUCGAAACAAACAAAUUUUCAUCUUAACUCUAGUAUUUUUUUAUUACUUUUUAAUUCACUGCUUUUGUAGAAAAGUUGUUAAAAAUUGCAUUAAUUGAUUUUUAAAUUAAUUAUUUAACUAAUAUUAUUCACAUCGAUCUCUUAAUUAUUUAUUCAUGACACUCAUUUGGUGAUUAAAUCAUUGUUUUAAUCUUGUUUUAAUGUGAAAUACCAACUAAAUUAAUAUAUCAGUUUAUUUGAAAUAUUUCGCCGAAAUAAAAAAAAUGAUAAUAUCAAAUACUUUAUUGAAUUAAUCACCAAAUAUAAAUUUGAUUUGUUCAAAAAAUUAAAAUUUGUAAAUUCCUCCAUACCUAAUAUGUUCUUCCUUCUUAUUAUAUUGUAUACAAAUUGAUUUCAGA